CAUUUCAGCUGCUUUUAAAACGUUAGCCUCUCCCUCUCUCUCUCCCUCCCUGUGAUUUCCCGACUAGUUUCCAGGCCAUUCUCGCCGGAAUCUCGUCGGGAAGCAUAUUUCUCUAGCUAAUCUUUCUUUUCUAUACUUACUUUUUCUUUUACGCUUAAGUCAUUAUUAUACAAGUGACCACAAUUUUUUCUUUUUCUUUAAGAGAUUUUUCGAUACAAGUUUAUUCUGAAAUAAGGUUUUUUUGUCACGAUUUAGCAAAGAUCAUUGCUCAUUAUUUCUGGGUUUUUGGUUUGGAUAUUCUGUUGCAGUUGUUUUGGAGUUGUAUGAUAAGGUGACAAGAUUAGGUGAUUUUGGAGAUUAAAGUAACAAGAACAUGAAGCUGUUGGUUUUACUUUCAUUAUUUUAAUUGCAAAGUUUAUAUAAUCAAGGAAAGGUUUUAUAGUUUUAAGGCUUUCUUGAUUAUCUUAAUCAAGUUUAAAGAAUCUCAUUGUCUCUUUUAGAGAUGGGCUUAUUAAAUACUUUUUAGCUUCCUUAAAUUUUGUUGAAUCUUGCAUCUGUUCUUUAAGGGGUUUGUUUAAGUGGGUUUGGUGAAUUGGAGCGAAAGAGAAAAGGAAAAUGUUAAAAAUGUUGAAGACGGAGAACUCUGUUAAAGAGUGGGAGGUGAAAGUGAAGCUCUUGGGAGAUGGAAAGGUUGAUAAGUUGAAGAAUUCAAUGGUUUCAAGGUCUCCAAUGAAACUAUGGAUUUUAAGGGCAAUUACAACUGCUUUGUUAUGGACUUGUGUAGUUCAGUUAAUGGCUUUGGGAGAGAUGUGGGGGCCAAGAUUGUUAAAGGGUUGGCCUUCUUGUUUUAGUCAAUCUGAUGUCCACCUAUCUUCUAUUCCUCCCAAAGUUGUUCUUCCUCCAAAGAGGGUUUAUAAGAAUAAUGGGUAUCUUAUGGUUUCCUGCAAUGGAGGACUCAACCAAAUGAGAGCAGCAAUAUGUGAUAUGGUUACCAUUGCUAGAUAUCUAAAUGUAACUCUUAUUGUCCCGGAGUUGGAUAAAACCUCAUUUUGGAAUGACCCAAGUGAGUUUCAAGACAUAUUUGAUGUUAAUCAUUUCAUCACUUCCUUGAAAGAUGAGGUUCGUAUAUUGAAAGAGCUACCGCCUAGAAUCAAACGAAGAGUUGAAUUGGGGAUGUUCUACUCACUGCCGCCAGUUAGUUGGUCAAAUUUAUCUUACUACCUACAUCAGAUUCUUCCUCUGGUGCAAAAGUACAAAGUAGUCCAUUUGAAUAAAACUGAUUCUCGUCUUGCUAACAAUGGACUACCUCUUGAAAUUCAAAAGUUGCGUUGCCGUGUAAAUUUUAAUGCUCUGAGAUUUACACCACAGAUAGAGGAGUUGGGUAGAAGGGUGGUUAGAAUGUUGAGGGAGAAAGGCCCCUUCCUUGUCCUUCAUCUUCGAUAUGAAAUGGAUAUGUUGGCGUUUUCCGGCUGCACUCAAGGUUGCAACAGUGAGGAGGUUGAGGAACUGACCAGAAUGAGAUAUGCUUACCCCUGGUGGAAGGAAAAAGUUAUAAAUUCUGAAAUGAAGAGGAAAGAAGGUUGGUGUCCUUUGACGCCUGAGGAAACUGCUCUUGUAUUAAGCGCACUGGGAAUUGAUCAUAAUAUUCAAAUUUAUAUUGCUGCUGGAGAAAUAUAUGGUGGAGAAAAAAGAAUGAAGACUUUGGCAGCAACCUUCCCAAAUGUGCAGGUUAGGAAAGAGACUCUGCUGGAAUCAUCAGAUUUGAAGUUUUUCCAAAACCACUCAUCCCAAAUGGCAGCAUUGGAUUAUCUUGUGUCACUGGAGGGUGACAUAUUUGUUCCUACAUAUGAUGGCAAUAUGGCUAAAGUAGUGGAAGGCCAUCGCAGAUUUUUAGGCUUCAAAAAGACAAUCUCAUUGGACAGAAAGCUUCUAGUUGGUUUAAUAGAUCAAUACAACAAGGGAUCAUUGAGUUGGGAUGAAUUCUCUACCACUCUAAAGCAAGUUCAUGCAGAUCGAAUGGGGAAUCCGAAGACAAGAGUUGUCAUACCAGAUAAACCAAAGGAAGAAGAUUAUUUCUAUGCAAAUCCACACGAGUGUUUGCAACUGUUAGAUGAAACAUGGAGUAGCACAUGAUCUUAGUCAUGCCAACAAGAUGGUCAUCCUUGUACUCAAUUCCUAUAUGCAUAUAUCGAAGAAAAAUGGCCUAAUUUAUCACAUGGAGGCUUAGGCACGGAGGAUUUCAUUCUGUUUGUCAAGCUAAACUUGAAAGAGCUAACUGCCUCAAGCCUGGCUCUUCUUCGCAGCAUGACCAAAAGUAUUUAUAGUUAUUUUUUAAUAACCAGAAUGUGUAUAGUGAAAAAAGGCGCAAUUAUCGAUGCUAAUAUCCAGUUACCUGGAUUGUAAAGAAGGAUAAUGGAAAAUUUUCCCCAUGGGGAUUUUGAGACGUAUUGUGCAUUUCUUCUCUAUAAUUUUUCAGCA